AGUCACGCCCAUUCAGAAAACAGAGGGGUGAGAGAAAGUAUUUACGCUGCUGUGAAUCUUACAUAUUGAGAGCUACCACUGACACGUCCGGACGCUGCGGAGGGAAAACGAAACUUUUUCAACACAGCUUUGCUCAAAGUGGAUAUUUUUUGUCUUGUUGGAGUACUUUUCUUUGGUUUAAGAAUAUCCUUCUGCCGAAAAGGUGAGUGAUGAACUAAAACACUCAAGGUAAAUUGUGUUGACUUCGUGAGCACCGUUGUACUCCCCGUAAAUAAUUGAUCAUAACCCGCCAACUUAUUGCAGAAGUUGCACAGAGCCAACGAAAUUAUUAUUAUUUUUUAACUGAAAGUGCAGAGUUUGCUGUCAUUCCUAUUGCUUUCUUUUUCUAACUUCGUUGUGUCGUUUGGGUUCACUUUCCAUUACGAAUUGAGUUUUUCCUGGCGCGUGUGUGUUUCCUGUGGAAGUGGAGGCAAACAAGUAAGCAACAGGGGGGCCAACAAUUGGAAGAAAAAGCCCGUGUUUAUGUGUGUACUCGACGUGUCAUCCAAUUACAUCUUCACACAAACCUGAGUCCAUACUGUGUGUGUGUGUGUGUGUGUGUGUGUGUGUGUGUGUGUGUGUGUGUGUGUGUGUGUGUGUGUGUGUGUGUGUGAAUAACAGAGGGAGCUUUCAUUCAGGGACUUGAAAAGCUUUGCUGUGAACGCAACCUCAUACUCUGAGUUAAUGAAUUGCUGGAAGAUGUGGGCGCCUAAGAGCUGGAUGUUGCCAGUAUCCAUCAGAUAUUGUGUGUGUGUGUGUGUGUGUGUGUGUGUGUGUGUGUGUGUGUGUGUGUGUGUGUGUAUUAAUCAUACAUGAGAGCAGAGGUGGAGCAAAGCCUUUGUUUUUGAGCCCUGGUUCAGAUCUGUUGUUGGUUGCAACAUAAAAACAUUAGCAGAUGUGUUAGAUUUAGUGUGUGCAUGUGUGUUGUGUGUGUGCAGUAACAAAAAAAGUCCCAUAUUAGUAAAAAAAAAAAAAAAGAGUGGCAGAGUAUCACAGACACAGUUUAGGUCAGGAUGUGGUUGCCUCUAAAAGGUUACGGGAACCCCCACUCAAACUACACGCAAAUCAUGUGUGAACAGAUUCAGUGGUCUGAAAUUCAUUAGGCUAAUAUUGAUCUGGGUCAUGCAGGGACGCACUGAGGCUAUACCAUGUCAUCUAUAUAACUGCAUGUCAUAGCUUGCUCGGAGGUGUUCAAGGGCCGUCGUGACUGAGACUGAAGAGGACCCUUGUACAAACUGAGUGCUCUGUAAGGUUGGUUUGAUUUUUCCAUUCCAGGCAUUCAGUGAGUGUUUUAUUGCACACCUAUGUGUUCAUAAACGAAUAGGCUUCAAUGACCUUGGUCUCAGUGCAGAUUUCUUUAUACACAGUUUUUAAAAGUAGACAGGAUGGCCUUGGAGUCAGAAGUUACAAGUCAGUUUAAAAGGAGUUAGGCAUUUACAGUCAAGGCAUUAUAAGUCAUACUUUACAAAAUCCAUAAAAUAGGACAAAGUACUCAGGAAUAUAAUAUAUCUUGCUCUGUGGUCACACCUAGUUUAACUCUCCUACACGUCAGCUGGUAAAGCCUUGGGUGUAGAAGUUUGGGAAGAGUGCAGGGUUAACAAAUACUAAGUAAUCAAAGUCCACCUUCUGGUCCAAAUAUGGUCACAUAUCAAAUAAAGUAAGACAGCAAAUACAGCAGUGCAGUGGAGUCAGUAGUUCACAGACCAACCUCUACUGUCAUAGUGACUCCGCCAUAUUCUAACCCUUUGUGUCAGAAUUUAAGAUUAUGAUAUUUGGAAGCACAACAGUCUGUUCACAAUUAAUCAGGUUAAGUGACAUAAAAUUACACUAAAUGGGAAACGGACCCUGUUUAUAUUGGGCGGUCUCUAGUCUUCUGACAUUAUAAAUAAAUAGAUAUAGCAAUCAUUUCAACAAUUUUCUGUGUCAAACCAAUGUGAGGAUGCUCAUUCACCCUAACCAUCAUCCUACACGUCUCUUAUUCCAUUAGUAUGUUUGUAUUAUUACAAACUCAAAGGCGCUAUCUGCACCAUCUUUUCAUGUGUUAGUUCAGUCGUAAAGUCUCGUUGUUUGUUGAGCUUUUAUGCCACCUAAAUGGCUUGUUACAGAUUUUAUGACUGAACCUUUUACAACCCCGAGGUUGUGAGAUGCAGCUUGUUGUGAAAACCUUAGCCGUUGUGAAAUAUGAUCUGUUGUAAUAGUCCCUUGAGGGUUCUGGCUGAGGGCAAUAAAGCAAAGAUAAUGGAGGGCUGGGAGAUAUUGGAGGAAAAACUAUUGAAUUGGGAAAGAAGUCUGAGCGUAAUUAUUGAAGCAGGAAAAACAUGACAAAGAUGGAGGGAAGAGGAGGAGAGGGAGCAGGGUGUCACCGACAUUAUCAAAGAUUUUAGAUCCAAAAUUGUUCUCAUUUUCACCGUCCAUUAUGCCAGUUUGAGACAACUGACAACUGGCUCUGUGCUCGCUUGUUGUUCAGUUUGUCGUUGAUGUUUUGUGUGUGCAGUAUAAUUAUGGACGUGGCUUGGUUUCGCUGUUGAUUGUGUAUAAAGGUGCUCAUGUAGCUCCACUUGAGUUUCUGAGCUUGUUUGUUUUUCAUAGGAGAGAACAAGAACGUUGAGAAAACUCUUCUUGAUUCCUGUAUGACACACCUGUAUUUGUUUUUGUAUUAUUAUGUAUGAUAAUACAGGUGACCUACAGUGGCCGAGAACCGCCACUGUUGCAAAUAAAAAAGAAUGCAAAAAAAAGAAGCCACAAAGGAAGUUACUGAUGGGAGAAAAAAAAAACUGAAGCCCGCUGCAAAUAAAAAAAAGAAAUGCUGCAAAUUAAAAAAGAAAAAACUUACUGUGAAAUAAAAGGAUGCAAAUAAAAACAGCCACAACAGAAGUGAGCUGCCGGGGACCAAUAAUGAAAGAAGUGAGGGGUCUGCGUACUUAUUUCUAGAAGUAAAGCAGCCGAACCGUAAAGCUACCAAACUUGAUUCUCCUCUCGUAGGCGGUCUGUCAGAGCGAAGUGGGUUUCCCGUGUUAGCCAAAGCUAAGACUACACCAGCAUCCUCCGGUUCAACUUCAUAUCACAUCAGGCACAACAUGGCCUAAAAAAAUGACACAUUGAAAAGCACACCAAGCGAUAUUAAACAAUAACCUUUCCACUCACUUCUUUGCUCGUCUUCUCGCCGUCGUCUUCUGUGGCUAGAUCGUAAAACAACGGUGCAUCAUCAUUAUUGGUCCUCUGCAGCUCACUUCCGUUGUGGUUUUUUUUAUUUGCAUCUUUUUAUUUUUGCAAUAAGUAACUUUUUUUGCAUUGCCACAUUUUUUGCAUCGUUAGCUACUGUUGUGGCUUUUUCUUUUUUAAUCUGCACCGUUUCUUUUUUAAUUGCAGCAGGCUUCAGUUUCAUUUUUUUUUCUUUUUUUCAUCGGUAACCUCUGUUGUGACUUCUUUUUAUUUGCAGCAGUGGCGGUUCUCGGCCACCGUCGCAACACUUGGUUAAUACAGCAGUAUAUAAUAGCUAUGAUUUAAAGUAAUAUUUGCUGUUUGGUUGUGGGUCUUCAUGUACUUUUAUGUGACCAAACUUUAAGGGGGAUAGAAAGGUAUACUUGGUUAGCGACACAUAAACUGUUUGCAUGUGUAUUUAGGGAUCCACUUAGGGUCAUGAUAAUCUGGGGCUGACCCUAACACGCACACUUGAGCUUUAGCAACACCAGAGCAGCGACACAGGCUAGUCACCUCCACGCUACACCCCAUUGCUGCAGUAAAUGAUGGUAAAGCAGCCCCAGUCAAGUCUUGAAUGUGUAUACUUUCAAGAAGCUGAACUUUACUCAUGAUGCAUGUUUUGAUUCAUCCCAGGGAAUACUCUAUAAUUUGAGGUAGUGUUUUUAUAAUUUGAUGGAGAUAAAGAGUUAAUGUGAGUGCAGAGUGUGAAACUACACCACACUGAAAAUUUGAUGGCAGUUUUGAGAGACAAUAUGCAAAUCAUGCAGGAGAACAAACCAUUGAACAAACAAUUGGCACUGAAUCAGUGCAUGUGUGAGGACACAUUUUGUGUGUUGUUGUUACUGUCAGCCUGCCUAAAGGGCAAAUUCCACCCACUCUGAAAUAUGACUGGAAUGGCUUUCUGGAGGCAUCCCUGUCCUUAUCUCCAUCGCACUCAAGGUUAUACUUGGAGGGGUGUAUGUGUAUAAUAAGACACUGCUAAACCAGGCGGUACAUUGUUGAACCACAACUGUGAGGUGAUAACCUCUACUGUUGGAUUACCGCUGGGUAUGUUUGUUUUGGAGAGGAGAGCGGGGUGAAUAAUCUUGCUCCAAGGUAAGACCUUGUAAGAAACAAGUAGUGAAACAUGGUUUUCUGCUCAACACUUGGCUGAAAGGUACCACAUAAGCCACUUCAACAUGUGGCUGACGUGGUUCUUCCUUACAGUGUUCACAAAAACCUUCUUUUGGAGGGUGUAGCCAUUCACUGCUACUUCACAUUCUUUUUUGGACAGCACUCAGUUUUAUAAAUCCUCUUCUAUCUUUUUGAAUGGAAUCAGAGAAGCAUGACUUUUUAACAUGACCUGAUUGAACCAGUGUUGAACUGGUUUUACACACUGGUUUGGUUUCAUUUGUUUGGAUAGCACCAGAGCUCUGCAGGUUACUCUGUGCUGCUGUGCUUAAUACCUUGGGAAUCUGCCGCAUCUGAAACAUGUAAAAACUCACCUGUGGCUUGGAGAUUUCUCACCCUGAAGAGUCAUAUUUCUCUGUUAGAAGGAGUUGUUGUUCUGAUAAGAGUGUAAACAGAUCUACAUGUUGUGAAGUUGAACCAAGUGGGGUAAUUGUACUGCACGAGACAAGGCAGAACACACAGGAUCAGGUUUCAUUGGCAGGCUCAGGGUUAUAGGCAUUGUGCAGGCAUAGCCGCAUUUGUUUGCUUCCUGCUUUCCUGUCUGCAGCAUGCUGCUUGUACAGGAGGGGCCUUUAGUGUAGUUUUAAAAUUCAGUUAUAAUUUCUUUUAAGACGGUGUUAAGCUCAUACCCACAUUACUUGCAGUUGUUUUGAUGAAUCUCAGUUGUUGAUUACGAGUUUUAUGGAUUUUUUUGUUUGAACUGUUUACCUGCGUCUCAUGUGGGCUGAGACGAAGAGCCUGCUGUGGCAUUUUUUGCCCACAGCAGCCCAAAACUUUUGAUCAAAUGUAGCACUGAAGCCUUACUUUCUUUAAGAAUUGAUCCAAAUUUGAUGAUCACACCGUUAAAAACAAUGCUUUUACUUAUAUUGAUAUUGAGGAAAAUUAAUUUUUGAUAUUUAUUGUUAUUGUUUUUUCGCUUAGGCCUACAGUAAAGCAUUAAUUUUACUAUAGUACAGUUACAAAUAUGACUUGUCAAUACAGACUUAUCUGUGAAAUGGGACUUAAACUCGUGAUUUUAUAUUCAUAUUCUAUUAUGAUUUGGUCCUGCAGGUAGUUCAGUGUCUCUUAUACCAUGUAGAGUAUAUUUUUAACAAUGUGCAUUGUAAAGUCACUGUUGUUUGAGUCCUUGGUAUCCCCUUGCAAAUCAUUGUUCAGUACAUUUCUGGAUGUACUCUUCUUUUCCUUUUUUUCUAAAGGAUUAUUUUUGGUUUAAUCAAGAGGACAGGACAGUGGAAAAAGUCAGAAGCAGGGAGGAGACAGAGAGGGGCAUUUUUAUGCUCGGACCAAAGGCUGCUGAUGUUUUGAAGCUUCAGACUUUGCACAAGUAUUUAUGCUUAACUAGCGCCCCUGAUAUGUCCUUCUUGGUUAAUUUCUCACAUUAUAACUGUGACAGGUCAUCGUACCCCGGACUGAUCAUGGACUUGGCAAACCCUCACUAGCUGCUGCAGCUGAAUGUAAACAAGAGGGGAGUUCUGGACUUUGUGAAAUGUAGUGAAUGAGGCCAGAUUGACUCAUCUUCCACAUUUGUGUCAGUUAAUCUCUUUCUGUUGAAACUCUUUUGUAUUUCACUGUUGAAUUACAAUUUGUUUGUCUGCCCUGUUAAAGCCCAACAGGGAACAUUAGUGUCUUCUCUCUUUUUCACGAACACUUAAGAGCAGAAGAGAGGAGCCAUUGUCAUCUUGAAGAUGUCAGCGGGAUGCAGCGCCUGAUGGGACGCUCUGUUGUUGAUGCUGCUGUAACAAGCACACCAUUGAGUAACAGUAGAAGGGACCGCAUCUCCUUUUUCCACUUUGUUAUCUUCUCCCUAUCUCUUCUCUUUCUGUGUUUGAACUUCCUUACCCUCAUCUGUAAUUUAGACUGAGAGAAAGACAGCUGAAAACAACACGAAUGCCGGGAUUUUCUGUUGCUUUUUUAAUAUCCCAAUUCAAGUCAUGAGGUUUUGAGGCUUUAAUUUUAGUGACCUAUUGCUCAAACGCUGGGAGAAACUUUGUAAAAAACACCUGGUGACACAGCUUGCAUUUGACCUGGCAUUAUCAGCGUCUGUGUUUCCAAAUAAAAAGUGCAAAAACAGAAUAAGAAGGAAAACCACAUACAGAGUAAACAGUGAAAUGGUCAUGUCAAACUCAGUGUGAGUGCUCUUCAAAAUAAAAUGUACAUGUAGUUUAUUAGAUUUAUUUCAGGUGCCGCAACAACUCGCUGAAAUUAUAACUGUUGAUCAUUUCAGUGAUUCGCUGAAAAGACCCGCCUCACUCAGCUCAAGUUUUUCCUCUUUGGAUGAAGUGUUGCUACAGUACUUCCUUUUCCUGCAGUGGUAGGAAGUGGUGGUCAUACAGUUUGGGUGUGACACUCUGAGGGGGGGGAUGAGGAAAAGAAAGGAAGGAGAAAGCGAGCCAGGUGUUUAUCUUCGGGUACAGAAAGGACAACAGCACUCAGAGCUUCUUUACCCUCUCAUUGUCUGUGGCUGGAAUCCAGUAUGAAAUGACUCUUGUGUUAAUAGUAGUGGAGCUUUUCCGAUACUGUCAACAAGAGGAGGUGUAUUCCAACACAAGAUUGAUAAUACUCCAAUGUACAUACUUGAAAAAAGAACUACUCAAUCAGCAGCAAAGAGACACCGAUGAAACACAGAGCUUUUUUUAUUCCUCAGAGGUUUAAAUUGAGUUUUCAUUUCCAUAAAAUCAAAGGUUAAUUGCUUUUAUUGUUUAUUCAUUUAAAAAAUGGUCUAUUUAUCCAUUUUGAAAUGAUAAAUACAAAUUAUACAUGUGCACAAUGUCCAAUCAGUGUAAAUGGGUUGCCCAGUUAUUCUGCGAUCUGGUCCUUCUGAUCUUCAGCCAUCUCCAGUUAAUGUGACGGUAUUUGCAUUGCGCAUAUGAUCAGUCUCAUUGCGCCAACCUAAGCAUAUACUCCUUGGAUCCGGUCUGUGUCUGUGCACACUUCCAAAAUAGUCCUCUGCUGGCUUUUGCCUGCUGAUAUCAAUCUGAUUAGCUCUCAUGUGACAGCGGCAGAACCCUGCAGUGGCUCCUCUAUGGUGUACUCUAUGUAAGGAAAGAAAGGGACAAAGAUAAAUAAUGCAGUAAUUUUGGACCUUUUGCAGUUAAAGGAUUAACAGCGGUUCAACCUGAAGGAAAACAUACAGAGGCUGAAAGGAAAACUGUAAAAUGAAGAAGAAAAAACAACCAGCGAUUCACCCAGCUAGCUAGUAUUUAUUUUCUGUUCAAGGAGUUGGUGUCACAGUGGAGAUUAAGGCAGUACCUCAAGAAUUUGUCAAGCAGUACAAGUUUCAAUAUAAACAUAUUUCAAAAUUAAUAGAUGUAAACUUUAGCAUCAGAACUUGUUCAAGUCCACCUCUUCUGCUGCAGCCAAGCCCAAUAAAGGGUUAAUCCAAACACAUUAUGGCUGUUAUAUCCAUUAAGAUCUAUGGGUUUUCUUUGAAUCCACAAGGUUGUAUAUGCUCUUGCUCAAGUAGUCUGUGAUCCAUCUAAGAUCAGGUGUUGAAUCCUUCCUCUUUCCCCAGGUAAGCAACAGCAAGAACAGGAUCUUUCUGGUCCAAAAUGGCUCCUUUUAGAGCUGAGUUCUUUAUGUCUGAUCCACACCACCCUCCUUUGUGUAGAUGUUUGUUCAUACCACCAACAGAGAGCUGGUAGAAACCGAUAUAAGUUUUCUGGAACAGUGCAUUAAUUCAUUAUUUAAACAUGUCCAGAGGAGGCGACUGCAGGUGUUAAUACAGACUCAGUGUUCAGAUUUCAUAAACGUGUCGGCGACUAAAAUUCAGGAGAUGUUGCAUUGACGCACAUGAGGGAUGAGUCAUCAAAUUGGACCACGACCAUUUCUUGCUGUCACACUUUAUCAUAUUCAGCCUUGCAUGCAUGUAAAGUACCACCCUCACAUCCACACAUCAACACGCCCACACGAUGUACAUGCAUAGGGAGCUUGGUGAAAAGUGGCUGACCUUAGGUUAAUGCUUUCCGCCGUCAGUGCUCCUCACUGGCUGAAUAAUGUGUCUGAAGCAGCCUCUCUCUUUCUUUGUGUCAGUGCAUUCAAGUCUCUCAUAACCUGCCUGGAGCCGGUAACAACCCCCCUCCUCUUAAUGUUGUUCCCCUGCUGAAAAACAGACGUCGCAAUGACUUGGCCAGAGAAAGCUCAGAGGCAAGAAUCAAUACAGCAGCAGAGGAGACAUGGUAGAAAAUGUAGACAUGCAAUCUGCGUUCAAAGAGCAUACAAGUCUUCACAAUUCGAAAGGCCCUAAAAAACUAAACCAGAAAAGUUAAAAUAAGGCCUUGACAGUACUGAAUUUGAUCUACAAAAGCCUUUGAGCUCUGUCUCGUCAUUCGUCCUUGUGAGAUUAAAAAGAUAGUCUCAUCGGAAAAGCCUGUCAUCGCUGAAUGUAUUUUGCCUUUGUGUGACAUAAAAGAAACCUCUUACGAAAGGUACUGUCAUCAUUGUUCGAGUGUUUAUUAAUAAGCUUGUCCAGUCUGGGGAGUAAGUUUUCGAGACAAAAGCUCGCUGUCUCAUGCUGCCUAUGAUGCUCACGACAGCAGCUCUAAAAGCUUCACCUUAAAAGCUUCAAUUAAUGAAAAGACAUUUGGCUUUUGUCACGUCUGUUUCUGUUCUCUGUGUGGUUAAGAAUGCCCUAAGCUGAGCUGGUAAUAUAUGUGAUUGCAGGAAGCCUUGCUCUAAUUUUCCAGUCUAAUUAGGUUUGUGUUCACUGUUCUGUUCCUUCCCUGUGUUACCCUUGGGUCAUUUUGCCCUGGUUGACACCUUUUUGUAUUUUAUUUUUUUAUAUUUUCCUUUUUUUUAUGAUGAAAAACGAGCAGAGGCUGGAGGAAAAGAGAGGUCAGGAUGAUAGUGCGAAAAGACGCUGUAUAUCAAGUCAACAUGCUGUGUCCUAGCUUUUUUUUUUUUUCACUGUUUCUGUGUAUUUAUCUCCUCAUUUGUACAAGAGUAGUCUAGCUAGCAGUACAAAUGAGAAUUUUCCUGACUGUCUCCUGCUUGGUUCACAAUCUGGUUUACCCUGACAGACGCAGAGGAGGGUGUUACACUAGGUUUUAACAAGUGUUCACAUUCGUAGUGGAUUUGUCAAAGCAUUCAGAGACAGAAGCUGGUUGCUCUUGGCUUUGUUGUCGACAGGUGUCUCAUGUGGUACCUGAGUUAAACCUAAGGCUAAUUUUUCUCUCUUUUUUGUUUUGUUAUUUCUCUGCAAUUUUAUCACAUCGAUGACUGUAACUGGCAGCCCGGAAACUUAAACCAUUGCAGGUUCCUUAAAGAUUCAAACUCGAAUAAUGGAGUUAAAGGGAUAUUUCGGCGUAAAAUUAAUUUAGGGUCAAACACACCGUAACACCAAGUUAGACACCCCCUUGAGAGAUGAAUGUUGCAGAUCGCUUGCUUCUCUAGUUAUACCAACUUUAGUAAAGACCGCACGAUAGCAAUACACAGCGGUCUGAGGAGCCAUAAACAAACCUCAACCAAAACACCACUCUAGAGCCACAAAUAAUGUUCAGAACAGCACCUAACUUUAUCAACAGUACAUAUAAGGUCCUAGCCACAGCACUAGCCACCAAACCAGUCUAUCAUUGACUGCUGCGGGGUGACGCAGCUCAAGGAAGAACAUUAAUGAUCAUUUCUUUAUGAAAAUGCAAUCAGACCGAGACGCUAAGGCAGAAGAACUACCGCGUCUGCAGUGAAAAUGAUUAAUAUGAUUAUUACUUCAAGGAAAUGAUUAAAAAUUUAUCAUAAAUGUUCUUCCUUGAGCUGCGUCACCCCCGUUGUAGUCCGUAAUGGACUGGCCCUAGGUGAGUUGUGUUUAGUCUCUUUGCUAAAGAAAUUAGGCAAAGUUAAAAAGAUGUUUGGUGGCUAGCUCUAUGGCUAGGACCCUUUAUGUACUGUUGAUGAAGUUAGGUGCUGUUCUGAACAUUAUUUGUGGCUAUAGAGUGGUGUAUUUGACCCUAUAUUAAUUUUACGCUGGAAUAUCCCUUUAAUAUCGAUACAUGCAAAGUUUUGAUUUUAAAUGACAUGAGAAUAUCCUCCUCACCAGAAGCAGGGGUUGCAUUUAAAUAGCACCGUAAAUCUCUGAACGAAAAAUGAAGAAACAGACUAAAGUAUCUGCGCUGUGUACAUUCCCCCACACUUUGUUGGAAGCAGAUCGCAGAAAUCAUCUUCUUGUCUGUUCUGGUUAUUUAUAUUAGAUGUUAUCUAUAGAUGUUAUCGUCUCGGCCUCCAGUCUAACCCCUCUGACUGCGUUUAUCUCUCUAUGAGAUUUAUUUCAGGAGACAGUCAUCUUUGUACUUGGUAUCAUGAAGUUGGCUGGUCUUUUUUAGCAGUUAGAUGUGACAGACAUUGGCUGCUAUUUACUUAUAAAGUACUUUCUGGGAAUAUGCCAGAAAGCUCAAUCAAACAGUUUCAAGUUUAAUUCUUCUCCUGCACAGAUUUAAACCUAAUUUUUUCAUUUUCACAUAUUUUAUUUGUUGUGAACGUGUAACUCAGUUUUUGAUCCACUAGUUUUGCACUUUGUUUUAUUUAAAUAUUUAGCACUGUUAUCCAUGUAUUUGUGUGUUUGUUUGGGCACAGUACAGAGAAAUAAACCUGCAUCGGUCAUUUUCACAUAUUUUAUUUGUUAAGAGGAAUUUUUUCCCCCCUAAGUAAAGCUAAGCUAGCCAGCUUUAUUCUAGACAUGUGGGAUUGAAAUAACAUAAGGAAAGUAUGGGUCAAUGAUUGGACUGGAGCCAAGUCAUAACUCUGUUAUGUAGAUAAACAGCCCAAGCAGUUUAUUUUUGUCUCUGCUCACUAAACCAGUUCUACUUGUUUUGGUUAAAAGUUGUAAAUGCUAAGAACAAAGUAAAUCCUGUACCACCCUGUCAGGGAUGUCAGGGAGGGACUGUCUCUGUGUAAAUUAAAGUCUUUCUUAGAUGAAUGGAUUCAAUCUGUAGAAAUACCAGACUGUUACGCUACGAUUAAAUGAACUUUGCAUAUACAGGAUCAUGACAAGUAUUAUGUUCAUAUGCAAAAACGGUGGUAGCACAAUACUCUCAUCUCGUGUGUGUGUUGGGUUAAUGUAUGUUCCUGUAUGUGUGUGUGUGUGUUUGUCCAUUCACCCAACCCUAUGGCCUGGUAUUUGCUGUAUCAGCAGGGUCUCUGGGUUGCGAGGUGUUUUGAGAGGACUGGAGGGCUAUCAUGGAAAGUUCCACGGCACACAGUUAAGUUUUGUGUGAGUGAGGAUGUGUUAGUGAGAGAGUAAAAAAGAGCAUGACGGGCAGAAUAACAGUGAUGGGACCUCUUCAUGGGCUCCAGAUGAGAUAUUUCGUUCAUGUCAGACUCAUAUUUAGAUGAACAUUCAACUUUUUAAAAAAACUGAUAUGAUAAAUAUAAAUCGAUAUAACAUGAUUCUUCAUAUUCUAGGUUGUAUUUUUUGAAAAUAAACAACAUGAAUAUAUACUGUGUGCUGAUUUUGUCGUCAGGUAGCAGUCAACAGUGAGACUCCACAGGCUAAAUCUGUUCUCAGCUUAUCGCGUUUACCUCCCUCUGGCAGGAUCUCCUGUUUAUCUCCCACUUUUCCGUUUCAUUCUUCCUCCUCCUCCUCCUCCUCCUCUUUUCUCUCCUUGCUUGUUAACGAUCUGUAUUUCCCAUUCAGUUUUCAUCUAUUUAUGAUUUUAACCACAUGAAAUUGUAAGUCAAAUUACAUCCCUUCUUAAAAUGUGUGUAUACCGUAUAUAUGUUUGGAUGGAUUGUCAGCCAUUACCCUGCCUUCCUUCAGCAGGAAGCAUGCGGUCCAGAGAGGCUGAGAUUAUAUUAACCUCAUGUCUAUUAAGUUAAGAUGGAUCAGACACUCUGCUCACUUUGCUCUGUGCUGGGAGACAAAUUUAGGUCCAGAUUUGAGUUCCUGUAUUAAUGCUGUAAAACACUCUUGAAUGAAUAAAAACACUGAGAGCUAGCACUCAUGAAUUAUUCUCAUCAGCGGUCAAUAUGCAUUAUACUGCACUUUAUAUCAUCAUUCAUGCUUCAUCCUGUUUAUUUCUCUUGUUUAUUGCCUUUAAUCAUCCUUAUCCAGUAUAAAAACCAGAUUCCCUGGAGUAACACCCUCCAUCAAUCCAUCAUAACAACACCAAAGUCUUGAUCUGCCUUUUCUCCCUUUAAUCAAAGUCGACUGUUUUUUUUUUUGCUGCUUUUGAUCCAUAAUUCAGUCGACACAGAGCAAAACAAGAGCGGGAUAUUGAUGUUACUGAGGUCGGCUGCUUGACUCAUUUUCUCGUCUGCACUUGCAGAGGAUUUCACAAUACUCUUAUCACAACACUGGCAUGUUGGUACUGCAAAUAUAUGCAGGUAUUAAGAUUUGAAUACAACUACUGUCUAACAUUUGUGGUAAAGUCAAAUUUAAAAUGAUUAUAUGUAUUUUAUUCAUAUUUAAUUGACAUUGAGUUUAAUUAGCAGACACUUGUAGCUGUGUUAUACAAUCAGUGUUAUCCAUCUAUAUCAAUACAUCAUUGAUUUAUCUUGAUAUAUGAGCGUUCGAUAAUAAAAGUAUACUGUUUGAUAAAUUUUAGUCUUACAGGUGUCUUGAGGAUAAACUCCGGUGACUUUGGUGAUUGGAAUAAUGUGAAAAUAAGCGUACUGUAACAGCACUUUUCUUGUCACAUCUUUAUUUGAUUAGUUUUUGUUGCAGAAAUAUUUACUACUGCUGCAAAUUUAUUUGGGUGGCACAUUUAUCACCAUCAGUGCUCGUAAUUUUCAUGACUAAUGGUAUUUUUUAGUACUUAUUUUUUUAACCUGGGCAUUGAGAUUUCUGCACUCUCAUCUUAAACCAACAGCGAAUAAUGAAGAGAAACACCCCCGCCAUUUUUCCUCCACAGCUCCCCCUGAAUAACACAGCAGGGAUGACAAUGAUGAAGUAAUAACAAUGAAAAAUGAAAUGAUAUUUACAACUGUAGAAUAAAAAAAAGAAGCGGUCUUUCCUGCUCCACUGUAAUUGGUUGAAUCCGCCUGUGAUGUAAUGACUGAUGAUGUAAGUCCUGGGCUGAGGUGAAAGAGGGGACUGUUUUCUUCCCUCUCUUUUUCUCGAUCAGGUCAAUGCGUUUUCGUUCUGUCCUCGAACUAGCGUUGCCAUGGUUACAGGUUCUGGGACUGUCACCAACAGGUCACUCACUCAAUAAAGGUUAAUUUGGGGGCUUUGUGUGCGUGCGUGUGUGUUUGGGUGUGCGUGCUUCUGCAUUGAUAUGAAGCCAAUUUGGGUUUAUUAAUUUGGAAUCCCGUUUUUUAUUUUAAUAUAUAAACCUUUUGACCCUAGUUUAGCUCCAUACAUUGGGAAAACUGUUUUUUAUUUUUUAUUAUUUGUUUUUUUUGGGAGUAUGUUUGUGCGUCACUUCUACAAAAAUGAAACUUCUCUUCCUGUCUGUCUCUCCCCAGGUGUUUAACAUCCUCUGCUGUUCUCCCCCUUCAGUGAUCCUCCCCCUCUUUUCUCCCUACCCGCUGACUCCACCCCUUUCACAAUGUCCUCUCAGCCCACAUCCAUCCAAGAGCCCCGCCCGGUGACUCCACCGCCGAACUCUGCAGGGUCCCCACGUUCUUCAGGUAAAGGCAGGUUUUUGAACAACUCUACUCCAAGUUAAAGUGACUUGUAUCUAAAUUAUCAUCGGUCUUCAAAAAGAGACAUAAUCAAAGUUUUAAGAUUAUUUUUCAGUGUCAGUCUAUCUUUUGGUGAAGUGUUUACAUGGAGACAGUAUUAAAGUUUGACUGAGUGAGAGCAAUUCAAACAUUCACUGCCUUGGUUUAAUCAAAAUCAAAAUUUGCUGCACUGUGCUGACCGCCCCCUUUGACAAAAAGUCACUGUUUUUAGCUCACAUGAGGACCAACAUGUCAAGGUUGUCCUGGACCAAAAAUGAUACAAGUAUAUUCAGUCAUCUUGGAGUCACAAAUUUUAGAUUUGAGCAUGACAUUUCCUUAUGCCACAUGCUAUAAUGCCAUGUGACCGUGUUCAGGCUUGGACCCUUUAUAUGUGCAGUGCAUUAGGCAUGGCUGAGAUGGAUGGUUUUCUUAUCUCAUGGCUAACACUCGUCUUUGAGGGGUUGCCAUGCCCUUUGACUGGACUGAGAGCUUUGAGUCACAUUUUUAUCUUCUAUCUGUUCAUAACAUACUGUGCAAAUUUGGAGUUGAUUGGACAAAAGCCCUCCUACUCCCUGAAAGCCAUUAAAAACAGGUAAAAUUUCAACUUCUGGCUGGCAAUUGCUGAAUUCCUGUCAGGUUUGGAGUAUGGGUGCAAGAGACUUUUUUGUAAGUGUUGGUAUGAUGCAUAUACCCCGCCAAUUUCAUCUAUUUUCAAUGGAAAAAACAUAGACUGUAUAUAGAAUUUUCACUUGUGUUUAACAUCUAAAUUUAUUGAAGUGUCAGUAAAAAUGUCCAGUUAAUUUUUUCACAUGUCUGAUACAGGACUGAAAGAUGAUGAUAAUUUCACAAAAUAAGAGUAACCUGAAUUAUCUAAGGAUCCAGCCUCCUCCUUCAACUUGUUAACCUCAAGCUCAACUGUCUUCACACAAGUUUAGUUCUUUCUUUGACGUAGCAAAGACAAAUUGUGAGUGGGAUAUCGCUGCGGCUAAAACUCACUGUGCUUCCACCCUGUUUUUGUCCCAUCAGAGUCUCUGCGGCCUCCGGCCUCCAGACACAGAGACCGCUCCCCCUCCCCCAUGAGAGGCUACCUCAUCCCCAGCCCUCUGCCCACACGCAGAAACAGAACCUGCUCGGCGUAAGGACACACACACAAUCACUCUGCAGAGAGUCAGUCAGGUUGAUACCCUCAGUAAGCAAAUAAAGCAAGAGCAGUGUAAGCAAUGGUCGCAGCUUUGUUAAGAGUAAAGAAAGUAUACCAUGUUGAGUUCCUCUGCCACUUUUUGACUUUUGAGAAAUCACUCUUGUGUAGUGUUGCCUAUUAAAAAGCAGAAAGCCAUGUCUUCAAUUACAUGUGAAGUGAACAAGUAAAUGGAGUCCCUUCCUUUUACACAUUGGUGGUGUCUUAACCCAAAUGAAACCAAUCAGGAAAUUAAAAACUAUAAAUAUUUAAUUAGCAACAUAACAGAGCAAGGACUACUUAUUGUUUUUAUUAACAAAGCAAGUUUCCUGCUAAGGAUUUUUUUAAGGUAUCCGUUUGACUCUCCAAAUUUUACUUUCAUUUUUAUUCAAUUAAUUUCCAUCCUGAAAAUCCCAAAUUCUGAUUGGCCAUUUUCACUCCUAUUUAUUCAAAUAUUUUGCUUUUUAUGGGGGUAUUUUUACUGUCAUUGGACAGGAUAGAACAGACACAGUGGAGCAGGGACAGUAGGGAGGAGAGAGUAACAGAAGAGAUGCAGCAAAAAACUUUUAAAGUUAACUCGUGUAUUGAAAUCUACUUUCCUGCUCUGUGUUCAAAACUGCAGACAGUAACAGUAAGUUUAUGUUUAGUGGUUGUUAUGUAUGUCAUAUGUUGAAUGGUAUUGCCCCCAAGUGACUAAUAUAAAAGUCAUAAUUUUGAGUUUGAGGUGUUUUUCUUGUUUUAAAUAAAAAAUGAAAACUUCUGUUUCCUGUUGUAUGACUGCAGACGUUAACAGGAUCAUCAUUUCACUCUGUUUGCUAGAAUUAGAGGGUCAGUGAAACUUUCUCCAAACUUGUACUAAACUCUCAUCCCUCUUUGUGCGUCUCACUCUCUGCAGGACUGCUCGUGCGUCUGAGGGUCCGGUGUUUCAAGGUGUGUGUAAAUGUUUUUCCCGCUCUAAAGGCCAUGGCUUCAUCACGCCAUCCGAUGGGGGCAACGACAUCUUUGUUCAUAUCUCAGAGUAAGUGUGUGUGUGUGACAAGUGUGCUAUUGACAAGUUGACAUGGGUAAACAUCCGGGGAAUGAGGCUACAGUGAGAGUGAAACGUGAGAAUGAGUGUAGAGUCUGUUUUACCUCAUUGUCUCUGUGAGAGGACUGGUUUUGAUUUAAUCUUUGACAUCAAACUGUGUCCGUGUCAGUGUGUUUGUGUGUGUGGGAAGAGAAAGGGAAACACACAUGCUGGAAUGGCAAGAGCUGCGGGUGUGUGUAGGAGGACAACAGAAUAUCUGAUGACCUUAAACACGGUCCCUUUGUUAUCACCCACAGGCGUCAGCAGUGUUUACACACAUGCUAAACACCACUUUAAAAACAUCUACAAACACAUUAACGCAAUAUCAUAAGGUCAAAGGCAGUAAGAAAAUGCAAUCCUGUUUGCUGCAUAUCUUUAAAAGAUGGGAUAUAAAACAUCCUCUUGCCCUGUUUAAGCAUCAAGUACCAUACUUAAAGGGAUAUUCCGGCGUAAAAUUAAUUUAGGGUCAAACACACCGCAACAACGAGUUAGACAUCCCCUCGAGAAAUGAAUGUUGCAGACCGCUCGCUUCUCUAGUUAUACCAACUUUAGUUACAACCUCACGAUAGCAAUACACAACGGUCUGAGGAGCCAUAAACAAACCUCAACCAAAACGCCACUCUAUAGCCACAAAUAAUGCUCAGAACAGCACCUAACUUCAUCAACAGUACAUAUAGGGUCCCAGCCACAGCACUAGCCACCAAACAUCUUUUUAGCUUUGCCUAAUUUCUUUAGCAAAGAGACUAAACACAACUCACCUACUCUCUUCCAGCAGCCACUUGUUUGUGGCGAGACCUCAGGCCAGUCCAUUACGGAUUGCAGCGGGGUGACACAGUUUAGAGAAGAACAUUUAUGAUCAUUUAUUCAUGGAAAUACAAUCAGACUAAGAACGCUUAGGCAGAAGAACUACCGCGUCUGCAGUCCAAAAUGAUAAAUAUGGUGAUUAUUACUUCAAGGAAAUGAUGAAGAAAUGAUCAUAAAUGUUCUUCCUUGAGCUGCGUCACCCCGCUGUCCGUAAUGGACUGGCCUAAGGUCUUGCUACAAACAAGCGGCUGCUGGAAGAGAGUAGGUGAGUUGUGUUUAGUCUCUUUGCUAAAGAAAUUAGGCAAAGCUAAAAAGAUGUUUGGUGGCUAGUACUGUGGCUGGGACCUUAUAUGUCCUGUUGAUGAAGUUAGGUGCUGUUCUGAGCAUUAUUUGUGGCUAUAGAGUGGCGUUUUGGUUGAGGUUUGUUUAUAGCUCCUCAGACCGCUGUGUAUUGCUAUCGUACGGUCGUAACUAAAGUUGGUAUAACUAGAGAAGCAAGUGGUCGGCAACAUUCAUCUCUUGGAGUUGUCUAACUCGUUGUUACGGUGUGUUUGACCCUAAAUUGAUUUUAGCCGGAAUAUCCCUUUAAGCAACAAGAACCAUACUUAAACUUGUCACUAGUGUUUUUUAUUUUUCAUCUUUACUUAAAGGGAGUGUGAGGAGUUUUUAACUGGUUGAGAAAAGACUGAAACUGAUGUGUAUAUUUCUCAUCUUAUCAUCCCUCCAGCAUCGAGGAUGAGUAUGUUCCAGUUGAAGGCGACGAGGUGAGCUACAAAGUCUGCUCCAUCCCUCCCAAACAUGAGAAGAUCCAGGCCGUGGAGGUGAAAAUAACCUGCCUCAGCCCAGGAAUUAAGCAUGAGACCUGGUCGGGACAUGUCAUCAGCAGUUGAACUCCGAUCCUGGAAGGGAGUGGGUGGGAAGGGAUCUACAGAGGAAAUCGAAGGAGCUAGAGUGGGCUAGAGAGAGAGAGUACUGGAUCAAUGUUCUAGCGAUUUAACACUGGGGUAAAAGUAGAGAUUCAAGUCAGAGAGAAAUCUGAAUGAAAUCUCAUAGUUUACUUAUAUUGGUAGGCCUCCUGACCUACUUGAAAAAUGUUACUCCAUUCAGAUGGGUUGACCAGUAGAUAGAUUUAUGAUGACAGUGGAUGAUGUGUAACACACAGUUCUAACUCUAGAUUCAUUGCUUAGAUUUGUAGACCCUGCGUUCAAAUUUGAUGGUGUAUUGUUUAAAUUUGUACACCGCAUAGUGGUUUUCAGCAGCAGACAUUUGUUUCCAGGGUAAAUUAGAUUGGAAGGAUUUGUAUUGCAUGUGUGAUUCAACUAUACAGCACAAGAAAAUAACAGAUAUAACAUGGUGACUGUGCAAGCAGUGCUGUAACAUCCCACCAUGCAGUCGUUUUCCAGCUAUACAUCGUGUGCCUAUUUCUACCCAGAGAACUGACAGCUCUGUUUGUGCCUAUACUUAUACCAGCCUCUCAUCUGUGUUUGAUCAUGCAUGGGUGCCUAUUUCAGUGAAUAAAGCUUUUUCAGCUGUACAAGUUUA